GGCGAGGCGGCGGCGAUGGCGGCGGGGCUGCUGCUGCUCUGCUCCGCCCUGCUGUGCGCGGCGCUGGGCUGCGCGGGCGCGGCGCUGAUCCCCCCCGCGGCCGACGUGAAGGUGGAGGUGCUGCACAAGCCUUUCCUCUGCCACCGGAGGACCAAGUGGGGGGACAUGAUGCUUGUUCACUACGAGGGCUUCUUGGAGAAGGACGGCUCCAUGUUUCACUCGACUCACAAGCACAACAACGGUCAACCUAUGUGGUUUACACUUGGCAUAAGGGAAGCUCUCAAAGGCUGGGACAGAGGGUUGAAGGACAUGUGUGUGGGAGAGAAAAGGAAGCUGACUAUUCCACCAGCCCUUGCUUAUGGAAAAGAAGGGAAAGGAAAAAUUCCACCUGAGAGCACAUUGAUUUUCAACAUUGACCUUCUAGAAAUUAGAAAUGGACCAAGAUCUCAUGAGUCAUUCCAAGAGAUGGAUCUUAAUGAUGAUUGGAAACUAUCCAAGCAAGAGGUGAAGAUUUACUUGAAGAAAGAAUUUGAAAAGCAUGGAGCAGUGGUAAAUGACACCCAGCAUGAUGCUUUGGUUGAAGACAUAUUUGAUAAAGAGGAUGAAGACAGUGAUGGGUUUAUAUCUGCAAGGGAAUUCACGUACAAGCAUGAUGAGCUGUAGAAAGAAAAGAGUGGCAUAAUUUUUUUGGACAGAAAUAGCAGUGACUUAGACUGUCUGGUGCCCCUGUCAUCUUAAUUCUGUGCUUCGGAAUUGACAAUUGCUGUUGGCAAAGAAACACUUUGUUUAUAGAAAAGAGAAUUUCUGUUCUGUUAUGUACAAAUGUUUUAAACUGUUUUAAAGUGUGAAAAUGUUCCUCCUCUUACACAGCAAAGACUUGCACAUCAGUGUUUUUAAAGUUUUGUAUUAAAUUAUUUUUCAGAAAUGAAACAAACUUUCCAUUUAUCAUUCAUUAUGAAAAUCAAAAACCAGCUCAGUGACUUUCUGUGAUUUGUUUGUGUGCCAAGAUCACUUUCAGCAGCUGCCUUACGUAUCACUUGUAGUUUGUGGCUUAAUUACUUGACCUUCCUUCUUGAGUGUCACUGCUUUAAAAGCAGUUUGCUGACCUUGGGGUUUUUUCCUGCAGAUUUUCAAAAGAUAUAGUAGAAGGCAUCAGCAUUUUGUUUGGCUGAGAAACUGAUACAAAGCUGAAUGAGAAGAAUGAUUAUCAUGUGCUGAUUUUGCCCUUCUAAAGGGAGAGUGUUACCCCCAUGCCAAUAAUUGUCUGCAUUUUUCAUUAAAUUUUGUGAACAAAGCAGGAGUUAAAUGUCUGGCUUUCACUUCUACUGCCAGCAACAUUCUAGGAAACAUCUGUAAUUUGGAAAGCAGCAAGUUGUGCUGCAGUGCAGAGGUGGUGUCCUUUAAAUGUACAGACACAUUAGUUUCAAAACUCAGACUUGGCAUGCACCAGUAAAGCUCAUACCUUUCUCUCACAGUUUGAGGAGUAGCUUGAGCAGAAUGUUGCAAGUUUGAAGUUUUUCUUCUUUGCAGAAGAGAGAGUGUACUGACAGGAAGAUCAGUAUGGUCUGAAGAACAGUUUCCAUGGACUUGUCUGCAGCUGUUUAAGUAGCAGAACUUGUUUCAUUGCCCCUUGGCAUAAUUUUUUCACAAGUAGAACACAAGUGAUUUGAAUUUUCAAUUAAAAAGUGAAUUUUUAGGAAAAAAGAUUAAGUGCUGUGUCUUUACAGAGGUGGAGAUCAUUAGGAUUUCAAACACAAAAUUGGAGUUGAAAGAUCUUUCUGGAAAAGAGAUAUUUUACAAUUGUCCAUGGUUUCUUAUGAGAGGGCAGGGUAUCUCAGGGACAGAAUUUAUUCUGACAUCACUAACCUAUGGGUCUAUGAACACAGCAUUGUACUUGGAAAUUGUUGCCCAAAGCUAUGUAAGGAAGCACAAGAAAUCCAGCUGUAUGAAAGUGAGAUUGCUGCAUUGCACUAACCUUAACUACUGCACACUGCAUUCCAGGCUCUUGGUGCUUUAGGUGCUUUAGAUGUUUCCCUGCCAUCUAGUGUUGCAACUGAGGAUUAGAGGACUGCUUCAUUGAACUGAGCUCAGCUGCAGAGGGGAGAGGCUUGUCAAUAGUGACAACUGGGGGGGAAAGAAAAGUUGUGAGGGUAUGCAGUGCUGGGCUGCUCUGUUCUAGUUUUCUUCCAACAUCUGACAUUUUGUGGGUGAUGUUCUAAGUGACAGGAAUUGCAACCAUGUAUUUUAUUUUCAGUAACCUUAGGUCUUUUUCCUCAGUGAUUCCAUCUGCUUUUCUGACCCCAAUAAAACUUUUACUUCUAAUGCUGUGAGUUUCAGUUAAAUAGCAUAGGAAAAUGUAUCCUUUCUGUUUUAGGCUCAUUUCCUGCCCUCAUUCUUUUAUUGUGAAGAAAUAAUGAAUAGUCACUACCUGUUUAGCUGUUCUUACUGGUCAUGGUUUUGCAAAUUGAUAUUUUUUUCUCAUCACUUACAAAAAAUCAAGCUUGCCUGACUUCAGAUUGCCCAGGGCUGGUGACAUGUUCUGUGCUGGCUGUCUUGAGUUUCCCUACAGUCACUGGAGCACUUGGCACCUGGGGCAGCUCAUUGCAUGUGUGUUUUACCUUGUGUUGAGGUAGCUGCCUUACCAAAUAGAGUCUUUCUCUGUUGACUGUGUGAGGAAGCUAAGCAACUAUAGCCUAGGCCAAGGGAGGAUAACAGGAUAUGAAGUUGAUCCUUAAGCCAGUCUUGCCUAGAUGUGGGGACUGGCAAGUACCCAGCCAAAGGGGAAAUACUGUGUGUGUAUCCUGCUGGGAAGAGCAGAACUGAGACUUUCAUUGGGUCUGAGAGGGUUUUAGAUCAUUGUUUGCAGUGUUUAGCACGUUCUCAAAACAUCUGGGGAAUGAAAGCAUAAAAGCAUGGAAUAAAAUUUGCCCAUGUUACUGACCUAAUAUAUUAAAAGUUAAGAUUAAAUAAUGGGGCACCAAUAUGUGACUCCAGCAAGGGCCAGUUGUUUCUUUUGUAUUAAAUAGGAGUUUAUAGUCAGUGACUGCUGUGAAAUGUACAUAGAUAUAAUCUUCUCUUGGAUUUUUAAAGCAUUUAGUAAAAAUAACUUUCAGUGAACAUACAGUUAUUUAUUAAUGCCAGCAGAGUGUUAAAGCUGCAAGACCAAGAUGCCUUAUGUGGUGUUGUGUAUAGGUUUAUGCCAAAUGAGAGUAUGGUUUUUCUUAGUAAUUUGUUUGAGAGCUGUGUUAAAUUCUGAAAUUGAACUGAAAAUGUUUUUUUUAAAGUGCAGAUUCAGCAGCAGAUUUGAGAAGUUACUUCAACUUGAUUAUCAUUUGCUACCAUUAAAAGUCCUCCUGUGAAGAUGAAAAGCUUUCUUAGGUAGAAAUAGCACUGCCUAUUUUAACCUCAAUUGCAUUUGCUUGUUAAUCCACAGAACAAACUGCUGCAGUGCCAGCAGGAGCCAACCAACAACCUGCAGGACACCAGAGGCAGGCAGCUGCCUGUCCCCUGAAGUGGGGAGGAAUACUGAAAUUUCAGUGGCACUCGGGAACAUUUUGGUGGCUUGUGUGUGAAGUGUGAGGUGUAUUUCCCCUGAAGAAACAAAGUCUCAUUGCAUAUCUGUAAAAUGUGGCGCUUGAAAAAGUGGAGAGGGUUCAAAACAGAGCACUUUCCUUCUGCAUCCCAUAGCUUUCUUCAAACAUUUCUUGUUGUUCUGUGAUUAUUUUGGAAAAUAUAUGGUGAUGUUUUUUAGAACUGCAGCCUGUCAUUCACAGCCAGUACCUAACAAUUACAGUGGGAGUUGCUGCCUUCUGUAGGUACAGAAGAAGCAUUCAGAGCACAUUUUAUUUGAAAAUGUGCGAUAAGAAAUGCAGUGACACAAGAAAGCUUUUGGCAAAACUUCAGGAAUGGUGCUUUAGUCUGAAAUGUUUUUUAAAGUUUUCUUUUUUGAGAUAAACUGACAAGGCAAACAGAAUGGAUCACUUUAUUUGGUCUUAAAUCUUUUCAGUAACUUAUGUCAUAGAAUUAUAGAAUCAUUUAUGUUGGAAAAGAGCCUUAAGAUCAUCCAAUCCAACUGUUAACCCAGCACUGCCAAGUCCACCACUCAAUAAUGUCCGAAUGCCCCAGCUACGUGUCUUUUGAAUACCUGCAGGUGUUUCAGUGGUUCCUCCACCACUGAAACACCAUUCCUGGGUGACCUCUUCUAAUGCUUGACAACCCUUUACAUGAAGAAAUUUUUCCUAACAUCCAAACUAAACCUCCCCUGGUACAGCUUAGGGAUGUUUCCUUUUGUCCUGUGCCUUGUUACUUGGGAGAAAAGCCCUACCCUCACAUCACUGCAAGCUCUUGUCAGGAAGCUGUAGAGAGUGAAAAGGUUUUCCCUCCUCAGCCUCCUUUUCUCUGGGCUAAACACUCCCAACUCCCUCAGCCUCUCCUCGUCAGACUUGUGCUCCAGACCCUUGAGCAGCUUCAUCCCCUUUUCUGGAUGCACUCCAGCACUUCAGUGUCUUCUAGUGCGAGGCCCAAAACUGAACACAGGGUUUGAGCUGCAGCCUCACCAGGGCUGAGAGCAGGAAGACAAUCACUGCCCUGGUCCUGCUGGCCACACUACUGUGAUCCAAGCCAGUCUGCCAGUGGCCUUUUUGGCCACCUGGGCACACACUGGCUCAUGUUCAGCUGCUGUAAACCAGCAUCCUCUGGUCCUUUUCUGCUGGGCAGCUUUCCAGCCACUCUGCCCCAGCCUGUAGCACUGUCUGGAGUAAUGUAACCCAGCACUUGGGGGUUGAACCUCAUUCACCUGGACUCAGCCCAUUGAUCCAGCUUGUCCAGAUCCCUCUGCAGAGCAUGUCCUUGUGCUGCCAGGAACAUCCCAUGCAUAGGGUGUAUUUUGGUAUCAUGGUGAGCACAGUAUGUUAGAGAGUCAUAAAGUUGCAGUGUUAAGUACAUAUUGAACAAAUUGCUGCCAUAAUUUCUUCUUCAUGAUAUCUUGAAUGAAAGUGAUACAUAGUUAGUUUCCUGAGUACUUGGGUGUAAAACAUAAGUUGUUCGGGUCAGCCCUUAAAUUACAUUUGUCGUAGGUGCUCCCCACAUCCCAUCCUUUGUGCUGUUAGAUACAUGGUGUUCUAUCCCUUGAUCCAGAAAUCCUAGUUUCAGGUGCAGGUGAGUACCAGCAGGAUUGGGAAACUCACUGCUUUGGGGCAUUCUGAGAAAAGACACAAAGCUAGGGAAAACAUCAGAGAGAGUGGGAUUAUGUAGAGGGAUGUGAGAAAUGCAAAAAGAUUUUCUUUCCUAGAUCCUUUGGCAUCUGGUUAGUUGGAAGAAAGAGCACUGGCAGCCACUGUUGUAGGGACUGCAAGUAAUAAGGCUAGUUCCUGCUUUGAUUUUGAUUAGAACUGCUUUGGACAGUUUCUAUAUGGAAUUUAAGGCAAAAUUUAAAUUCACACUUCCAAGGUUUGUUAGAGUUUUCAGAACUGUAUGUUGAGUUUACUUCUUGAAAAUACAUUGGCCUCAUCAUAGAGUUUUUGCAAAAACCCCCAAAACACAGCCCAAAACACACUACCCCAAACCCCUUAAUUUGUCUUCAAUGCUGAAUUGUUUUGGUAACAGGAAAUAGAUCAAAACUGCUUAUAUUUGUAUAAUCCUGGAUAAUUUUAGCUUCACUUGAAAGUUAAUCGUAAUGCUUACAUUCUGUGUCCUAGUUUUCUCCUGGUUCAUAGGAAAAACAACUCUCUGACAAAAUAAAGAUCUUUCUUUAGCUAUA